CGUGACCUCUACGUGCCCCGCCCCCUCUGAGAUGAAGUGCUUCCGCCAAGAUGGUCGUUGGUGCCUUUCCCAUCGCCAAGCUCCUCUACCUCGGAGUGAGGCAGAUGAGCAAGCCCGUGGCGAACCGGAUAAAAGCCGGGGCCCGGAGGAGCGAGUUCUUUAAAAACUACAUCUGCCUCCCGCCCGCGCAACUUUAUCACUGGAUCGAGAUGAGGACGAAGAUGCGGAUCAUGGGCUUUCGGGGCUCCACCAUUAAGCGGCUGAAUGAGGAGGCAGCCGCAGAAUUGGGCGCCGAGCUGCUGGGGGAGGCCAUCAUCUUCCUCAUCGGUGGUGGUUGCAUGGUGUUGGAGUACAGCCGGCAGGCUGCUAACUCUCGCCGCAAGGAGGAGGAACUAAACGAGACCAUGAUCAGUCUACAGACUCAAAUAGGGGAAUUAACACUAAUAACAGAGACUUUAGAUGCUCAGCUGAGGGAAGUUAACAGGCUGGUUCUCUCCCUUCCCGCCCCUGCUCCCACCAAGAAGUGAUUAGACUAGCAGUUUGACAUACUGUUGAUCCAUGUGUUAAAAGACAGAAAACUGCAGGCUAUUAGCUUGAUUCACUGCUGUAGAAUUCCACGGAAUGAGGUGGAUUUCAGUGCAAUUGUGGAGUUUAAACCAGUCAUUUGCUCAUUUUGAGCUACUAGUUUUAAAAGGAUCACUAUGAUAUUCAUAGUGGUUAUAUCUGGUUGACUUUACUUGUUUAUUACAAAGUUGGGUGUAUAUUAGACACAGGAUGUACAGCACCGUGUAAAGGUGACCUUACAGGUGAUAUAUUUUGUUGACGGCAUUUCCAUAUCGCUUCAUCUUUUUGUUCCAAUAACCAGUCACAAUGCUGUUAAUGUUCAUUGUGUACUUGACUGACAAAGUGACAGUAAUGAUUUUUCAAGCUAGAAAAAAAUGCAGCUAGGCACAACAUUUCACAAAGUUACGUUUGAAAAAGUAUCUGUAAAGUUUCCUGUAUGCUUGUAUCACUUUGUGUCAUGUAAACCAAAAACUGGAUAAAAGAUGCAUUGAAAUAAACUGCUGUGCUAUGUUGUUA